AACCCUUUACAUUGAAAAAGCUAUCAGUGUCACAUUUUCAUGAGAAAUAUUUCUAAAUUCUUAAGAUUUUAUAUUCCCCAAAGAGGUUCAUCUGGAAAAAUGGAACCCUUGGCCGUUGGCUUGGCCGCCUUGUUUCAGCUUCUGGGGCUAGCCGUGUUUUUCGACCAGCCGCAGGACUACUGCUCGCCGGCUCCCACCUUGGCCAGCUGGAUAUUCCUGGUGGCCACGCUGUGCUUCCUGUGGGACACCGACAUCUAUCCGUGCCGCUUCAGGCACAUGUCACACGGCUGGCAGAUUCUGAUCGAGAUCGUGGCCGCCGUCUUCUUGGUUGAACUGAGCUCAAUUAUCGUAUGGUGCGGCCUGGAGCGGUGCCUGUACUCCCUGCUGGAGGAGCUCUUCAAUGUCGCAGGGUCCGAGCGAUGUGUUCCCUUUGCUCUGGCCUCUUGGCUGAAAAGACUGGUCGUUGGUUCCUCGUGCUGCAAGCGGGCAUGGCUCUUUUACUGGCUGUCCGGAUUGAUCACUAGCUCGGUGAGCUUAGCGGCGCUGUGGUACGUUCUGCAGGCCACCGAAGGCAUGUACUUCCUGAACAGGAUGCUCCGGAAUUUAUAUCGGAAUGUCCGCCUUACCUGGCGAAUGAUGCGGUGCUACUUUGCCAUGAGCAUGACAGGCAGACGCCGGACCCUGCAGGUUUGCCAGCUGGCCAAUAAAAAGCGCUGUGGCAGGAGGUCCUCUCGCAGAAGGGCGGACAAUGACGAUGAUGACUGUGACUCCGACUGAAUCCUUGCAGGUCCUGUGCUUCCGUUUGCGUUAUGUCUUCUUCAAAGACUCGUUUAUGCGGUCAGAGCUUUCCAAUCUCUCUACAGCUAUUUUUUCUCUUUGGACAAUCCAAGGCAAUAAAUUUUCAUGGCGGAACAGACUGCCAGUGAAAAUGUGAGAAAACUUAACUGGUGUCGACUUCGGAGAGCUUUAGUUUAAGGAGGAAGCGGAGGAUUGGUAUUUUUCAUAAACGUAAUUCAAAGAAAAUGUAUAAAAGUAAACUCUUAAAUUCUACAAAGGCCUCUCAUCAUAAUAAAUAAUGAAUACAUUAGG